CAAGCCAGGGCCGCCCUUCUCUGACCCCCGGAACCGGAGAGGGACGAAACGAGCGAACCAGGCGGCCGCCGCCGUCCCUCGUUUCACCGACUUCCUCUCCAAGUUCAGCUCCGCCCCCCCACGAUCCCGGCAAGCCAUGUCCUGGCGGUGGGCUCUCGCGCGGCGCGUCGCCGCCCAGGCGCAGCGGCGGCUCCUCUCCUCCUCGGCGGGGGCCCUCCCGGGGAGGCAGCCUCCGCCGCCCUACCAGAUUCGGAGAAAGGUGGCGGGUGGCAGAGGAGCUGCUUUCGUGAGUUCGCGAUGGUUGCAUGAUGCUCAGUACCAGGUUCGUCAGGACGGAGUAUCAAGGUCUGAGGAACACCAGGAUCCAUUUGAAUUGGUUGCUGAUGAGUUGUCAAUUCUUGCAAAUAGGCUACGAUCCAUGGUGGCUGCUGAGGUCCCAAAACUGGCAUCAGCUGCUGAGUAUUUUUUUAAGGUGGGAGCUGAGGGUAAAAGAUUCCGACCCACGGUUUUGUUAUUGAUGGCAUCAGCUCUGAAAUUCCCAAUAUCAGAUUCUACAGAAGUGGGUGUUUUAAGUAUACUGGCAAAUAAGCUCCGCACGCGACAGCAAAAUAUUGCCGAGAUAACUGAAAUGAUUCAUGUUGCAAGCCUUCUACAUGAUGAUGUACUGGACGAUGCUGACACUAGGCGUGGUGUCACUUCAUUGAAUUGCAUUAUGGGGAACAAGCUUUCUGUUCUGGCUGGUGACUUCCUACUGUCUAGAGCAUGUGUGGCGCUUGCAGCGCUUGGGAAUACAGAGGUGGUAUCUCUAAUGGCUACUGCUGUAGAACAUCUAGUAACUGGUGAAACCAUGCAGAUCUCCACAAGUAGAGAGCAAAGAAGAAGUAUGGAUUACUACCUGCAGAAGACAUACUACAAAACAGCAUCAUUGAUAUCGAAUAGCUGCAAGGCCGUUGCUAUUCUUGCAGGGCACACUGCUGAUGUGUCGGUGCUUGCAUAUGAAUAUGGUCGAAACCUGGGUUUAGCCUUUCAGUUGAUCGACGAUGUUCUUGAUUUCACAGGCACCUCGGCAUCCCUUGGGAAAGGUUCAUUAUCUGAUAUCCGUCAUGGAGUCAUUACUGCACCAAUGCUAUAUGCGAUGGAAGAAUUCCCACAACUACAUGAAGUUGUUGACAGGGGUUUCGACAAUCCUGCAAAUGUUGAGCUUGCCCUUGACUAUCUACAGAAGAGCCGUGGUAUUGAAAAGACAAAAGAACUUGCAAGAGAACAUGCUAAUCGUGCUAUAAAAGCCAUAGAAGCUCUCCCAGACAGCGAUGACGAAGAUGUUCUGACGUCAAGGCGUGCUCUUAUUAACAUCACAGAGAGAGUCAUCACGAGAACAAAAUAGCAAGUGUUAACAUUCACAAUGUGAACUGGUGAUAAGGCUGAUUUUCGCCACAGGCGUGGUGUUCCACAUGGAAAAUUUUGUACACUUUGGUCAUUGCAUUCUUUUCAUUGUCCAAGUUUUGUGUAGCAUGGAUGAAAUUAGAAUCCGAAGAUAUGGAUCAGUAUUCCUCAGCAUCAUCCCCCCAUCUGCAGCUGUAGUGUUCUUAGUUACAGGUUGCAGCUAAAUCUGUGCAUUAGUAUUACUGAUUGCAAUGAUCACCAGACUGUAGCAUUGUAGCCAUAUAAGUGGAAGCAUGGAACAUAAUAUACCAGGAAAAUGAAUCGGCUUCUGUCAUGGAAGCACGAUUUCGAUA